AGUUGUACUGGGAGGAUGGCCUUGUAUGGUGCAGUGGCGCCUACAUCCUAUGUGAAUAGAAAUCCUUCAAAGAGCCCAUCCAAGAGCAACUGGAACGCUGGCACUGUCUUCCUGGGCAUCAUCGCAGGGGCCCUUGUGAUCUCUUUCUUGGCUGGAGAUCAGACGGUCAAGGCUGAGCAAAAAGCUCCCCACUACCAGGACCUUAGUGGGAUGCCUCAAUUCGCCCCGCACGCUGCUGCCCAACAGGCUCAGCAGGCAUCCGACUCACAGAUGCAGCAGAACUCCGUGGCUCCCACGCAGAGCAAGCAGCUUGCGGUGCAGUCGCAGGUAGCAAGCAUGCAGGCGCCGAUGCCUUCCAGGUCAAAGCAGUCCCUCCAAGCAGCAGCCUCUGCGACCGAGCAAGCUCCCCCAGCCCCUCAGCCUGCUCAGGCUCCCUCCUCUCCCUCAGCGUCUGCAGGAGGGAGCUCUUCGAUUGCCAGUGACAUCCUCCCCAAAGACAUCAAGGGAGGGAAAGGCAAGGAGAUCUCCAAGUCCGUCGAGGAGGCCAUCCAAGACAAGCCGAAUAGCAGCAACUCGCACUACAUUGCAGGACAUACGGACAAGGAAGUUCACCUCCUCGUCAUCUUCUUCCUGUUGGUCGGCACAGGCGUCGUCAUCUACUACAUGAGGAAGGAGCAGGCGCCGAAACAAUGAGCUCGCUCGGGUUGGACCAGGUCACGGAAGUCUCAAGAGUUAGCAGCUGAUGACAAGACUUAUUGAAGAGGAGAUCUCGAGAUGCUGAGGACUUUUGGCAGUAUUGAAAGGAUCUGGUUUGGUGUGGAUGUAUUAUCGUGAAAUAAAAACAACGACAAUG